AAACGAACCGAUACUCCACAGGCUGCAGUCAUUGUUCGGUGCCCGUUGGCUCUAUCAGUCCUGUUCUGGUCAAACACAUUAACUGCAAUAUCGGCACAUAGAAAUUGUGUGUAUAUUAUAUAUUAUUAUAUCGCACGUGUUGUGUGUAUCCGUGUGUUUGCGCGUAUUUUUCUUAUAUAUCAUAUUAUAUUAAAUUUUAACGCAAUACUGCAAGCUACACACUCGAUAUUAUAGAUUUUUUUUUACACCGGGACCGGGCCGGGCACCUGACGGACAAUUAAUUAAUCGACCACGUUUUCAUCCGGUGAAAUCUCGCGGGCUUUUCUCGGUUCAUGUAAUUUUUUUUUUAUAUUUUGUUUUUUCCGCUACGCUCGUGAUAUUAUACCUAUCGUCAUAUUAUUAACCGUUUUUCACGAAGACUGCAACGAUAAUAUUAUUAUUGUUAAAAUCGUUAUAUUCGUCUAGAGCGCGCGACAUCGACGUCCGGACAACAACAGCUUUGUGACAGCAUAUUAUAAUAUAGAAACAAUGGCACGAAGAUAGAUUGUGCAUUGAGAUAUCGGAUAUCUCUAUUGACAUUUUUACCGUCGAUUCGCUAUUUUAUUCGCCGCCACUGAACGAGCCGGACGGGGGGCGGACGACAUGGAUCAAAACCAGCGGAAUUAUUACAAAACGAACAUAGCUGCUCUGAAUUUGACCGCAGCACUGGUGAAAAGUGACCCACUAAAUGAGAAAGAGGACGACGCGAAAUGGCCCUGUCUCGAAGUGGUCAGCGGCAAAGGCUUGUCCACAGAGACGUCUUCCACAACCUCCAGAGGUGAAACGUCCAACGCGUCUAAUCACACAAGGAAACCGCUCUGUACUAUAGGAAACUCGUUCUACAUAUUCUCAGCAUUAGUAUUAUUCCUCGUGGGCAGUAUUACAAUAGUAUAUACACCAUUUAACAUAUUAAUGAAUGAGAGACUGAAAAUGGUUCGUGGUCUGCCAGCAUACGAAUGGUGGAAGAAUCCUCCUGAUGAGGUAUUGCUCAGAGUGUACCUAUUCAACGUAACAAACAGUGAACGAUUCGAAAACGGAAUCGAUAGUAAACUGGAGCUAAACGAAAUCGGUCCUAUAGUGUUCAGAGAAUUAUUACGACACAGUGAUGUUAGAUUCAACGACAACGGUACAAUGACUUAUGUGGCCACGAGAACAGCCGUGUUUUUGCCAGAAAUGACAAACAUCAGUUUGGACGCUAAUUUAAUACUACCCAACUUUGCCGCGUUGGGAAUGGCAUCGUAUUUGUGGGAUGCUUCAUAUUUCACGAGGUAUGGGUUCAAAUUAAUGAUGGAAAUGUUGGAUACGAAAAUGUUUAUUAAGACAUCUAUUAAUGAUUGUUUAUGGAAUCUAACUGACCCGUUAGUCCAAAAAGCAAAAACGAUGAUGCCUGGUUUAGUUCCUGAAGAAAAUAUGGGUAUAUUAUACCAGAUUUAUAACAAGUUUACGGACGAAGUUACCGUAUUCAUGGGUCCGGAAAACGGGCGACGGUUCUUCACGGUAGAUAAGUAUCAUGGUAAAUCAAAUCUUGGAAUUUGGCAGGAUUCAAAGUGUGAUAGUGUACAGGGCUCUUCUGAAGGUGUUACGUACCAUCAGUUUGUAUCAAAAAAUGACACAUUGAAGUACUUGAGAAAAACCAUGUGCCGAGUGACACCACUAAAAUACAAAAAUGAGGUGACCAAAUCGGGCAUGACAAUGUACAAGUUUAUUCUCCCAAAGAAUGUAUUUUCCCAUCCACAAACCGACCCAAGCUUAGAAGACUGUUUUCAUAAUCCAAAAUCAACUCCUCUCCUUUCUGGGCUCUCUGACGUAUCACCGUGUUAUUAUGAUUUCCCUAUUGCAGCUUCAUUUCCUCAUUUCCUCAAUGGUGAUCAAGCACUAGUAAAAUCAAUAUCAGGAUUAAAACCUACUGAAGAAAAUCAUGGCUCGUACUUAAUAGUCGAACCAUUAACAGGGGUUCCAGUCGAAAGCAGAGCUCGUAGCCAAAGCAAUCUAGUCAUGCAUCCCACGAGUGGAUUUUCAAACAUCGAUAAAUUCAGUAAUAUGACAAUACCAAUGUUUUGGGCAGAAUAUAAUCAAGUGGGUUUACCUUGGUACAUAACAACUCUAAUGUAUUUUACUGUUAACGUUUUGCCGUGCACGCAAUCGAUCGGGAGCAUCGUCAUGAUGAUAGCCGGUUUGGCAAUGAUCGGCAAAACGAUAUUUGAUGCAGUAUUUGGUUAUAAAAAACCACUAUACUCAUAUAGUUCUUUGGAUCUCUUGCCGUCAAUUAGCUAAUACAUUUUGUAAACACCUAUCAACGAAGAAAAUGUCAAAAUUUUUUUUUUAUAUAAUUUAUUUAUACACAUAAUUUUAAGUAUUUAAAUUUUAUUUCUUAUCAUUUUAUGUUCAUCGUAUUUUGUCAAACGUGUUUAUUCAUAAAUAUGUUCUGACAUUUUGUUAUACCUAAUAAAAAUCAUCUUUUUUCACCAUAAA